CGAAAAUGGCAAUAAAUGAGUGAAUGCAAAGAAUAAGUUUUGAACUGAAGAUACAAAAAUAGAAGAAGAAAUGUUAAACAAGCUUUUGUUAUUUCUUUCCCUUCUCCUUAACUGAUUGAGAUAAGAAAGAAGACAAAAAGUGAGACUCGAAAUAUUUUCUUCUUCACUUACUAGGGAAGUUUCACUGACCAAGUCCACUUUGAUGUCCAUCAAAUAAGCGUUUUUAAUGACAUCUUUAAUGUUUUUUUCUGUUUACCAUGUUCAAUCUUUCCAGUUAACCAGUUAAUGUGGAAAUAAUUUUAAUUUGUUUUCCUUGUUUUUUAAUUGAAAAAAAGAAACUUGUAUUUCUCGUGUUUGAUUGUAACUUGAUUUCAACUUUACUGUCAUCAUUUGCGGUUUGGAUUACAUUAUUUUUUCAACUCUCAAUUACUUUUUACUUUGAACUGUUGAUUCAACGAAACAGUCAAUUGCUCAUAUCAUCAGCUCAUCAUAUAAAAUGGCAGACGAUUUGUCUCACAUUUUACCUGUUUUAAUUUUAAUCAGUGUUUUCUAUUUACCAUCUUCUGGCCAGUAUAACCCAGGAGCGGUUUCCAUCAACAAUGAUUGUAACAGUUGUCAAUACAGUUUACAAUAUUUGAGUUUUCGAGAGAGAAGAUAUUGCUGUCGAUAUGGAUUCCUCCAAUGUUGUCCACUUUCACAAUUAAAUCGACCAGAUUACCCAGAAGAAAGACCAGAAUAUCCAAUAGUAGAUAUACCCUCAAGUGGACCUGGACCUGAUCCUUAUCGUAACCAAUAUCCCAAGGAACCUGGCUUCACCCAGCCAGAUAAUAUCUACAGAAAGCCUGGAACUGGAGGUUACAUGCCUAGUGGUCAAAGUGGUCAAGGCUUGUUGAGACCAGAUCCAGAAGAGGAGAUAAGACCUGAUCCAGAGGAAGAGAUAAAGCCGGGCUCUAUGGAAGGCUCAAGACCAAACAAUUAUGGGUCACAACCAGAAUCAACUGGUUAUCAGCAACCUGGCCGGUAUCCAGGACCAUCAUCCAGCCAAUUCCCUCCACCUUCAAGACAUAAUCCUAGUCUAAUCAAUCCUGACAACCAAGAAGUUCAUCGGCCGUACCAGCAACCUUCUUACAACCAUUACCGACCCAAUUAUCAUCAGCCAUCACCCAUCAAUCAAAGACCAGCUAACUCAAAUAGAUUUGGAUCUUGGUCAUCCAACCCAUUGAUCCAAGGAAUUGUAGCUCCUAUUCUGUCCAGUCUAUUUCAGCAAAAUCCAUCAAAUCAAAAUAAUCCCGACCCAAGUUCGCUUGCUUACGAUGACAAUAGUGAUGGGAAAAAAGUGAGUGAAACGCUUAAGCAUGGAAAUGAAAAAACGACAUCCACAGAGCCUACAUCAUCAGCUUAUCAAGGUGAAGGACAAGGAGGACACCGAAAUAGUGAUGCAGAUCGUAUUAAUAAAGAUAAUUAUGGCAAUAAGAGAAAUAUUAUUCACUUUCAAGGUGAACGGCUAAAUAUUAGUGAAAUUAGUGAAUUAAAUGCCAAUAAUAGUGGAAACAAUGGUGUUACAUUUAGACAUGAUGAUCGAUUAAAAACUCAACCUACUCGCAGCCUUGAACAAUCAAAUCAAAAUGAAACUACACAAGCAACAAAAUUACAAAUUUCACCAACUGUUACACCAACGCUAUCGUAAUUUUUCUCAAAAUCUCCGCAAUUUAUUUUCCUUUGCAUUUUCUCACCUCGUCCCUGUCUUCAUCAAAACUCUAUCAACACAUUUUCAUUAUUUAAACCAUUAUAAAACCAUCAACUUUUAACACAUUUUUUGGUUAAGAAUCUCAGCUCAACAAUUUGUGAUGAACCAACUUACAUUCACUUUGAUUUCACUUUUAAUGAAUUCUGUCUCAACCUGAAAACCAACACUCAAUCUGACUGGAAUACAAAAAACUUUUUUACCUUUUUAUUUAUUAAUUUUGUCUGUUCAACAUAAGGAUCAAAGUAAUAACUAUAAUCUUUGGGUGUGCAAAUUACAUACUUAAUCAAAAAUAAAUAUUUUGGACUAAAACCUUAAAAGUUUUGGCUUGGCCAACCAAAAGUGCUCAUUAAAAAGGUUAAAUUACCGUGUUGAACAAAUUUCA